AUGCCUUGGGAUAGAUCUCAUUAUAUGUUUGGCUUCGGCGAUUCGGAAAUGGGAAAGGAUUCUCAAAUUAUAUAUCAAUCUGAACCAAAUGGCAAUAAGUUAGAAAGAAUUGUCGUUCCAUGGAUGGUUGUUAAAUACAUAUUGGCAGUAAAAAAGUAUGAUUUCGAUAAAUACUUCACGUCAGAUGAUCCAGAAUUAUAUGUGAUGGAACAAAGAUUACGUUAUUAUUUUUUACAGUAUCUUCAUGAUCCUGAAGCGAACCCUCUCGUUUUUGAAGCUCAGUACCAUGGUGCCUUAUUAAGCCAUUUCUACCCACAUAAAUUCGCAGAAUAUGGAAGAGCAAUAAUUCUAUUCUUAGUCUUUACUGGAAGGGAAAUUGUUCGUUAUGAAUGGAUCAACUCUCUUAAACUUGUCGUUGAUAGUCUUUAUUAUUUUCUUGGUUAUGGUUACCCAUGUGAAAAGGAAGACCUCGGUGGAGUUGCUCUUGGACUUAUUGAACUUCAAAAGAGAAUUCCAUUCAUCAAAAAUGAUCCAAAAGAUGUUUGUCCAGAUCUCUUUAGAGAUUAUCACUGGUAUGCACAUAUAAGGAUUUAUUCUAAGAUAAGCAAAGAAAAGCCAUUUCUUUUCAAAUAUCCUAUAAAACUCACAGAAGAAGCUAUAAAAAAGAUAAAUAAAAUACUUGGAAAGAACGAUGAUAAAAAAUGA